AUGGCCUCUUCUGUCGAUUCUGUCCACACCGACUCCGAUGGCGCUGGUAAUGGUGCACGUACUCCGACACGUCAAGUUCACGCAUCGGCUGCCACCGCAGCAGCAGCCACGUCGGAACUCUCCCCUCCAGGCUCCCAACCCCAAACAAUCCCAGGCCUAUCCACAGUCGGUGCCUUGGGAUCUCUAGGAGAGCCUGAUUCUACACAACCGAAUGGAAAAGGCUUUGAUGCGCCCAUCGCAUCCUGGAAAAGCAAACGUGCCCAGGAAGAGUAUCAGCGGGCUAUGGAGAAUGUGAUCGAUCAAGACUUCAAUUUGAAUGAAUUCGGAGAUCCAUUUGAUGAGCGUGAUCUGGAACAAAAGCUACUGUGA